GUCCCCGACGACAACUCGUGCCUGUUCCGCGCCGUCGGCCUCGUCCUCUCGCCUGGCGAGCGCGACGUCGCCUCGACCCUGCGCCAAGUCGUCGCGCGCGCCAUCCAGGCCGACGAGGCGUCGUCGUCGUCGUCGUACAGCGAGGCCGUCCUCGGGCGCCCACCCGCCGAGUACGUCGAGACGAUCCUCGAGCCGUCGAGCUGGGGCGGCGCGAUCGAGCUCGCCGUGUUUGCGCGCCACUUUGCGACCGAGAUCUGGUCGGUCGACGUCCAGACCGGGCGCGUCGACCGCUUUGGCGAGGGCGACGGGUACGAGCAGUUUGCGCUCAUCGUCUACAGCGGGAUCCACUACGACGCCCUCACGUUCUCGUUCGCGCCGCCCGAGCCCUCGACGUCGUUCCCGCCGCCCAACCUCGACUUUGACACGACCGUGUUCCCGCGGUACCGGGAGCACCUCCUCGACGCGGCCCUCGCGCUCGUCGCCCAGCUCCGGGCCCAGCACGCCUACACCGACACGGCCUCGUUCACGCUCAAGUGCGGCGAGUGCGGGACGGCGCUCAAGGGCGAGAAGGAGGCGAGGCAGCACGCCGAGUCGAGUGGGCACACGUCGUUCACAGAGUACGACGGGUGA